AUGAUUCCAGUUGGAGGAAACUCAACUGAAGCGACUAUCGCAAAAGAAAAAGCACAGUCUAAAAUAAAUGCGCAUCAAGCACAACUUCAUUUUGAACCUGGUGUAACUGAUACACCUCUUCGUAAACCGACACUUACUGCCACACCUGAACAAGUUGAGUUCUUUAAAACAAAUGGAUUUUUGUUUAUUGAUGCUUUAACAGACAAAGAAGAAAUUGAAUCAAUUCAAAAACAAUAUGAUCAAUGGUUCAAAAACAAAUUAGGACGUGAACAUGGAAAUUUUUUUGAUUUGCUGAGCGAAGAUGAUGAUAAAGAAGAGCCAUUGGUACCUCAGUUGCUCUGGCCAUCCAUUUACGGGCAAGAAACAGGAUUUAAUUUGUAUAAUACGCAAAUGUAUGCUAAUGCCUAUGCAAUAAGUACUGCACUCUUGGGUGAAAAUACUGCUUUUAAGGGGGAUCAUGCCAUUAUGAAACCUGCCUCGUCAAAAUCUGUGGCGACUCCUUGGCAUCAAGACGAAUCUUACUGGGAUCCAAAUUAUUCGUAUGAAGCGCUUGGUGUUUGGAUUGCAUUACAACCCGUCACGCUUGAAAGUGGGUGCAUGCAAUUCAUACCAAAAUCCCAUUUAUCAUCCGUUUUGUGCCAUCAUACAAAAGGAAAUAAUCCCAAAAUACAUGGGUUGGAAGUAGAUCAUCCUGAACAAUGGGGUACUCAAUAUUCUGUAGCUUGUCCUUUGCCGGCUGGCGGGGCUACAUUUCAUCAUUGUCGCACUUUACAUUAUACGGGUGCAAACAAAAGUAAAUAUCCUCGUCGAGCUUAUACCAUGUCGUUUCAACGUGAAUCAACUAAACUUGAACAGCCAAGGGCAAACGACUGGAAUGAAACGAAACAAACAGAACGAGAAAAACGUGCAAAAGACAGUGGAUGGUCUAUUAGAGCACCUUAA